CACCGUGGUUCCUACAAAAUAAGAUUGUAUGAGCGUCCAGACAUGGGCGGCCAAAUGCAGGAGGUGAGCGACGACUGCCCCAACGUCCAGGACCGCCUGCGUAUGUCUGACAUUAACUCGUGCAAUGUGGUCGACGGCCACUGGCUCAUGUACGACCAGCCUAACUACAGGGGAAGACCCUACUACCUGAGACCCGGGGAAUACCGCAGAUACAGCGACUGGGGUGGCGCCAGUCCAAGGAUCGGCUCACUCAGGCGAAUCACCGACUUCAACUAGAAGUCUUUUCAAAUUUUCUUCUUCUCUCUGUUCUCAAUAAACAUGCUGGGCUUUAACUGUGUGCGUCUCUG